AUUUUGUGUCAUCUCUAAAGCCAAUAGUUAGUUUUCGCGGAUAUUUCUGUUUAUCUUCAAUUAAGUCGGCAUAAAAGUGAAUCUUCGCCAUGUCUGUGGUUAUAGAAACCACGCUAGGUGACCUGACAGUCGACCUGUUCACCAACGAACGCCCCAUCGCCUGCCUAAAUUUCCUGAAGCUCUGCCAGCUCAAGUACUACAACUUCAAUCUGUUUCACACGGUGCAGCAGGGGUUUAUAGCGCAGACCGGCGAUCCCACCGGCGCCGGGGAUGGCGGCUCCUCCGUCUGGGGCGUAGUCGAAGGCUUGCAGAAGCGCUUCUUCGAGGCUGAGUACCUGCCCCGCAUCCACCACUCUAGCGCCGGCAUGCUGUCGCUGGUGAGCGCCGGCAAGAACCUGGUGGGCUCCCAGUUCUUCUUCACGCUGGGCGACAGCUUGACCUCGCUGGAUGGCACCCACUGCGUAAUCGGGGAGGUGGUGGAGGGACACGACGUGCUGCGUAAGCUGAACGAUGCCAUAGUGGAUGAUGGUUUUCGUCCCUACCAGGACAUCCGCAUCACGCAUACGGUGGUGCUAGAGGACCCAUUUCCGAAUCCGCGCGGGCUUCAGGCACCCAGUCGCUCGCCCUCGCCAAGUGCCGAGCGCCUCAAAAACGGCAGGAUCGCUGCCGACGAGGAUAUCGACGACACCGACGGCAUGACCAUGGAGGAGAUGCAGGAGAUGCUGGCCGAUCGGGAGGCCAAGGCGCGUGCCACUAUCCUCGAGAUAGUCGGUGAUCUGCCGGAUGCGGACAUGGCCCCGCCGGAAAACGUUCUCUUCGUGUGCAAACUGAAUCCAGUGACCACCGACGAUGAUCUAGAGAUAAUCUUUAGCCGGUUCGGCGUGGUCAAGGGAUGCGAAGUGAUACGCGACCGCAAGACUGGAGACUCCCUGCAGUACGCCUUCGUGGAGUUCGAAGACCAAAAGUCCUGCGAGGCUGCUUACUUCAAGAUGGAUAAUGUCCUAAUUGACGAUCGUCGCAUUCACGUCGACUUCUCGCAAUCCGUAUCCAAGAUUACCUGGCGAGGCAAAGGACGCGGCGUGGUGGGUGACGAUGAAAGGCUAGACUUUGACAACUUGCGAGAUAACAAAGAUCAUAGGAAGCCCACACAAGGACGUGGCAGGGCCGAUAAUCACCGGGAUAGCAAAAGAUCCGAGGAUCCCAGAAGCAGAAUGAGCUCCGCCGAACGGAGAAAGGCAAGGGAGCAGCGCCACAAUGAGCAAAAGGAACGAGAUGACCGAAAGAAUGUGCGCAGGCGUUCGGGGUCCAGAGAGCAAAAGGAAAGGCGGCGUUCAAACUCACGAAACCGAAGCGACAGACCGGGCAGGAACUACAACGAUCAAAAGCGUUUCAAUGAGCGCGACCAGAGGGAUCGACGGAGAUCGGUCUCAAGGAGUCGUAAUGAUAGAAGACGUUCCCGUUCCAGAGAUAUGUCACAGAGAAAAGGAUCCCGUUCAAGAGAUCAGGCUCAAAGAAGACCCUCCAGGACAAGAGAUCUAACACAAAGAAGACGUUCCAGGGAUCGCACAGAACGGAGGAGGUCCCCAUCCAGGGAUCGCAACGACAGCAUGCGAGACAGAUCUCCGCAGGACAGAAGGCGUAACGAAAAUGGAAGCGGUAGAAGCAAAGAAGCCGUCAGAAACCGAGAUAGAUCCGCAGAGCGAAGACCCCAAGCUAACAGAAAGGCUUCUCGGGAUCGUGAGGAGCCAAGAAAUUCAAGCCGAAAGCAGAGUCCCGAAAGAAAACGAAAACUUUCAGCGUCUUCAGAAAAGAAGACUAAGAAACAAGCCAAGAAAAAAUCGAAGCGGGCAGCAAGCAGCAGUUCAGAGUCCAGCGAGAGUUCCUCGGAAUCCGAAAGUGAAGAUGACAGCUCAUCCUCGGAUAGUUCUAGUAGUUCCUCCUCCUCCUCCUCGGACGAGCGCAGCAAGCGCAAAAAGAGCAAGAAGACCAAGCAAAAAGCCGCCAGUUCCAAGAGCAGCCACAAGUCGAAAAAGAAACACCAUAGGAAAUAACAAUAAACGACGUUUUUAAUUGGAA